ACCCACAUUCAAAAAACAUAAAAAAGAAUACAUAAUAAAAGAAUCUAACUCUUAUUUCAUAAACAAUUCCAAAGGCAUUCAGUGGGCAUUGGCACUAUGCUAGAUCCAUAGCAUCAGCGAUGUCGGUAGAGAGAGACUUUACUCUCAGCUUAGCAGGAGUUCACAGUUAGUAUAGUCUUCCAAGAACCAAAACAGAAGCCAGAACCAUGACCAGAGUCUCUACUUCUCUUUUUCCACUCCUCUUCUUUGCAAGAAUUUCAGGUCUCAUAGUUGCAGCUUUGGUCAUUUCUUGGGCUCUUCUUUUCAAGUCCAGCUUUCUGCCUCAAUCUUCCUCUCAUGAAGACCUCAUUUAUGCUGUUCUCCACCCCUUGCUAAUGGUGAUUGGUUUUAUUCUCCUUAGUGGAGAAGCAAUUCUGGUACACAGAUGGUUGCCUGGUUCAGGAAAUUUAAAGAAAUCAGUGCAUUUGUGUCUUCAAGGAGUGGCUUUGGCUUCUGGGAUAUUUGGUAUUUGGACAAAAUUUCAAGGCAAAGAUGGGAUUGUGGCUAAUUUCUUUAGUCUGCAUUCUUGGAUGGGUUUAAUCUGCAUUAGCUUGUUUGGAGCUCAGUGGUUGAUGGGUUUCUUGAGCUUUUGGCACAGAGGGGAGAUGCGAACAGUGCGGUUAAGGGUAUUGCCAUGGCACAUAUUUCUUGGUCUUUACACUUAUGGCUUAGCAGUGGCGACAGCGGAAACAGGGCUACUAGAAAAAUUGACAUUCUUGCAAACAAAUAGAAAUGUGUCUAAACGAUCCACAGAAUCCAUGGUUGUAAAUAGUUUAGGAUUAGGGUUGGCAUUGCUCAGUGGGAUGGUAAUAUUUGCUGCAGUUUCUCCUAAGCGCCAGAGUCUUCAUAGUAAAAUUAUGUACUCUGAAUCAGAUACUAAGUGCUUGUCUUCGUGAAAGAAAAUGAUUGCAUGGCAUUGUCCUUUGAUCGGCUUGUGUAUGUUCUGUCGGACAUGGAGCCUUCUGUUGAUUUACUUCGUAAAUCAAUUUCAAAAGGUUUUGGGCCAUGGCUAUGCCCUAGCUUUUGAUCUGUUA